CCCAUCUGCCAACCCUUCACUGGCUGCCCAGCCUGAAAGGCAGCGUCUGGGGCUGUUAGGGAGGGGGACACAUUCCCCAGAGGCUCCUGGAGAACAGCCUUUCAGGGCUGGGGUGGAAGCUCAUUUGAAUGAGAAUCAGGUCUUUUCUGCCCGUGCCGGUUAGUCUGAACCUCGGCCCCACUAGCGCCAGCUGCGUUGGAUGCCUGAGAAGCUCUGUGUUUCUCGCCCUCCCUGCCUUCCAUCUGCAUCUGGUGGCCGCCAUUAAUAUCCUGUCCCCAGCCACGGUCGGCCUCCCUUGGUUUCUCCGGCUCUGGGGACCUCCCUGCUCCCAGCUGCGCUGCGGCCCCACCCCGCAUGCUCCCUGCCUCUGAUAGCCUUGCGUUCAGCUACCAUGCCUGAUGCUGGCUCCCACCGCCCAGGAGCCCCAGCCAGGCUAGGCCCCCUUCUCUUAGCCCUGCUGCUGCUGCUACCCAUGGUCCCAGCUCCCAGAACAAGUGCCCAGGAGGUACCAGACAUGAUGCCUCUGCCUGGUUGCUCAGGUGGCAACUGCCACCCACCUACUGGCAAUCUGGUUAUUGGCCGUGGCCAGAGCCUUCGAACCUCAUCCACCUGUGGCCUCCAUGGCCCUGAACUCUACUGUGUUGUCACUAAACUACAGGACUCUCAGAAUUGCUGCUUUUGUGACUCUCGGGAUGGGAAAAGCCAUGGCAUUGAGAAUGUGGUCUCCCGGAGUGACCCUGAUGGCAAAAAGACCUGGUGGCAGGCAGAGAGUGGUGUUGAGAAUGUCAGCAUCCAAUUGGACCUAGAAGGUGCCUUUUACUUUACCCACCUCAUCAUGACUUUCAAGACAUUCCGCCCAGCAGCUCUGCUCCUUGAGCGCUCAGUGGACCAUGGGCACUCCUGGCAUGUGUUCCGCUACUUUGCCCACAACUGCUCAGACCUCUUUCCUGGGAUCCCUCCUGGCCCUGGCCGCAGAGUCAGUGACCUCGUCUGUGACCAGCGUUACUCAGACAUCGAGCCUGCCACCGAGGGAGAGGUAAUUUUCCAAGUUCUGGACCCAGCCUUUCUGGCGGAGAACACAACCAACACGGAGAUUCAGGAACUCCUGCAUGUGACCAACCUCCGUGUGAACUUCUCCAAACUGCACACACUGGGUGACAGGCCCCUGGGGGGCCUCAAGGGCCACCCCUUCUACUACUACGCUCUCUAUGAGCUAGUGAUUGGAGGCAGCUGCCUGUGCCACGGCCAUGCCUCUGAGUGCAGGCCCGCACCCGGGUCCCCACCCAGCGUGGAAGGCAUGGUGCAUGGCCAUUGUGUCUGCCGCCACCACACUGCUGGUACCCACUGUGAACGCUGCCAGGGCCUGUACCAGGACCGCCCGUGGCAGGCAGCAGAGCCUGGGUACCCCCACGCCUGCCAGGAAUGCGAGUGCCACGGGCACGCCCGCAGUUGUCACUUUGACAUGGCCCUGUAUCUUGCAUCUGGCAACGUGAGUGGAGGUGUGUGCAAUGCAUGUCAACACAACACAGCCGGGCGCCACUGUGAGCUCUGCCAGCCCUUCUUCCACCGGGACCCCCUGGAGGACCCCCGCUCCCUUCACUCCUGCAAACCCUGUGACUGCGACCCUGUGGGUGCCCUGGAAGGGGGUUUGUGUGAUGCCUACACAGAUGCCACCCGGGGCCUCCUCUCUGGGCAGUGUCGCUGCAAAGUUCACGUCUGGGGCCAGCGCUGCGACUCCUGCCGGCCAGGUCACUAUGGCCUGAGCCUCACCCAGUCAGAAGGCUGCCAGCCCUGCAGGUGCGACGCCCGGGGCCGGGUCCCCGGCACUCGUGCCUGUGAUCCAUCCAGCGGUGCCUGUCACUGCAAACGCUUUGUCUCUGGACGGGACUGCAGCCGCUGUCUGCCUGAGUUCUGGGGUCUGAGCGGUGACUCCCUAGGCUGUCGGCCCUGUGACUGUGACUUUGGGGGUGCCUACAGCAACAGGUGUUCCGCAGGGCAGGGCCUCUGCCUCUGCCGCCCCCACCUGCACGGCCGCCGCUGCCAGGAACUCCAGUCUGGGUACUUCUGCGCCACCCUCGACCAGGCCACUGCCGAAGCAGAGCAUGGCCACAGCCUCCGGCCUGCUGACCCACGGCUGCCUGGAGCCCCUUGGCCUGCUCCCCCCUACUGUCCACCAGCCCCAGGGACCUCCUCCGGUUGGCUCGGGCCCCGACUUUGGAGACAGCGUGACCCUCGCUGUGCCCUCCAACGUGCCAGGCAAGCCCAGUACAGCCACCAGCUGCCCAGGACCCCAGGGAAGCCCCCGCCCCUGCAUCGGGGAGCUGACUUUGUACUGGGGAGGGGCUCCGACUUCGUACGUGUGGUGGACGGAGCUGGCCUUUCUCUGCUGGCACCCACAGUGCCUCGUGCCCUGGACUAUGACAUCAUCCUACGCUAUGAGACCCAGGUACCUGAAGUGUGGCAGGCAUUAGUCCGGGUCCGUGCCCAGUCGCAGCCCCGCAGUACCCGCUGUGCCCAUCCGCUGCCCUCAGAGCAGCUGUUCCAGGUGACCUUGACCCAUGUGCACAGAGCCGUGGUUCUUUCCAGACCGUUCUGCUUUGAACCUGGAACACGCUACUCUGUGACCCUGCGGCUGUGGCGGACCAAGGAGGGACGGAGACCCGAGGGAGGCACGAUCCUCCUGGAUUCAGUCGUGCUCCUGCCGCGGGUUGGAGAGUUGCCCGGACUGAGGUCCGUGGACCCUGGGGCCCCGGGCCGCUUGCAGGAGCUCCACGAGGUGGGCUGCCUGGAGGCAGCGAGGGUGAGCCCACCCCAAAGCAUGCCUGAGGCCUGCGCCCGCCUCUCCUGCAGCAUCUCAGCCCUGCUCCAUGGAGGUGGCCUCGCGUGUGAGUGCCACCUACAGGGUUCACUGAGCACCGAGUGUGCCCCACUGGGGGGGCAGUGCCCCUGCCGCCCUAACAUCAUGGGUCGUACCUGUGACCGCUGCCUGCCCGGGACGUUUGGCCUCGGGCCCACCGGGUGCCGUGACUGCCGCUGCCACCCUGAGGGGGCUGCCAGUGCCGUCUGUAACCCUACGAGCGGGCAGUGCACGUGUCGGGCAGGCCGCGCUGGUCGCCGCUGUGACCGCUGCCUCUCUGGUCGGUGGGGCUUCCCACACUGCCAGCCCUGUGCCUGCAAUGGACACGCCGAGUCGUGCCACCCACUCACAGGCGUCUGCCAGGACUGCCGUGGAGCCACCACGGGCCGGCACUGUGAGAGGUGCUUGGACGGCUACUAUGGAGACCCCACCCUGGGCUCAGGCCAGCGGUGCCAGCCCUGCCCCUGUCCUGGGCACCCUGGCUCAGGCCUCUAUCAUGGGACCUCCUGCCAUAUGGACAGCACCAGUGGACGUGUCCUGUGCCUCUGUGCCCCCGGCUAUGCAGGUCCCCGCUGUGACCGCUGCUCCCCCGGCUACUUUGGGCACCCCUGGCCUGGAGAUGACCCCAGAAGGAGUCCCUGCCGGCCCUGCCAGUGCAACAACAAUAUUGAUCCCCGUGACCCAGCUGCCUGCGACCCCCACAGUGGACAUUGCCAGCGCUGUCUGCACCACAGCCAUGGUGCUGGCUGUGCCCACUGCCGGCCUGGCUUCCAUGGCAGUGCCCUGCGCCCAGGGGGCUGCCGGCGUGAGUGUGUGGGUGGGGUGGGUGAGGGCGUCCCAAGGUGGAGGAGGGGUGGAUUCGCGUUCCUCAGCCCCUGUCAAGCCCUUCCUGUCCCCAGGCUGCAGCUGUGACCCCCGGGGCACCAGCCCUGUGAGGUGCCCACCUGAGGCUGAAGCCUGCUUCUGUGACCCUGUCAGUGGGCAGUGCCCUUGCCGCCCCCACACACUGGGGCGGGACUGUAGCCGCUGUGCCCCUCUCUUCUGGAACCUCAGGGGGCCCCGGGGCUGUGAGCCCUGCAGCUGCCACGCCCGACACAGUUUGCAGCCGGGGUGUCACCCAGUGAGUCAGCCCGUGUUGCGAGUAGCACGUAGCCAUGGCUGGGUGUGAGUGCGUAUCUGUGCCUGUGAAACGGUGUGACUUAGGGCCAGUGCGAGUGUUAAUGUGACCACCAGCAGAGGUGUGCAGGGCUGUGAACAGCUGUGUAUCUGUGCUCUCAUGCGACAUGAGCUGUGAGCAAACCUGAGACCACACGGGUCCAACCCCAUUCAUUUGGUGCCUGAAGGAGACGAGGUCUGAAGUGUGCUCUUGGGUCCCUGGUGCGGACAGGGUGGGAGUCAGGGAGUCAGAGGGCAUGGAAACAGCGGGGCACUUGACUCAGGACACAUAGGGGCCUGUCAGGAGAUGAGAACCCAGAGGGCCCGUCGGGGGACGGUGGGAAAGUGGGGGUCGGCCUGGGGCGCAGACCAGAGGCAGAAGGAGAGGAGGAGCCUGCUGCCAAGCACAAGUGUGGGUACUGCCAGGCUGGGACAGGGCUGAGGGGCGGCACCAGUGUGCUGCUCUGGGCCCUCUUGCCCUUCUCCCUCCCUUGUUGUUUCACUGCCUGGCCACACUUUUUUCCCUCAGGUCACAGGUCAGUGCCCCUGCCGGGCAGGAUUUGGGGGCCGCACGUGCUCCCGGUGUCGGGAUGGGUACUGGGGUGACCCGGAGCGGGAGUGCAGAGCCUGUGCCUGUGACCCCCAGGGCUCCAUCUCGCCCAGCUGUGACCCACACACAGGCACCUGCCGCUGCCGAGAGGGCAUCUCAGGGCCGAGGUGCCAAGCGUGUGCCCGUGGCUCCAUAGGCGGCUUCCCACACUGCACGUCCUGCCCUCCCUGCUUCGCCUCCUGGGACCAACGCCUGGCUCCCCUCCAGCUGCAUCUGGACACCGUGGCCCAUGAGGUGGCCGCCCUGUGCCAGGGCAUGCCUGGCUGGGGUGCUGGGCACCGGGGAGGACAGCUACAGGCCCUGGAGGGUAAACUCCAGCAGGCCCAAACACUCCUGGAAUCGCCUUCCCCCACUGGAUGGCCCCUGCGACAACUUACAGAGUGGAUCACCGGACUCAGGCAAGGGGUCUGGGGUCAUUAGGGAGGAGGGCUCCAGCUGGCCUCCCAGGGUCAGGGACUCAGACGGUCUCUGCCUGGCUAUCUGAGUCCUGGGUUCGGGAGUGAGGUGAGUCCUCUGGAGUGAGGAGACAGGGGGAAAAGGGCAUCUCUGGCCAGGCUGAUAGUCCAUCUUCCCGCAGGACAGAAAGCACCACAUUGGCCCGGACACUGUGGGUCACAGCCGAGGUUGUGGCAGAGAGAGAGUCAUGGGUUAGGGGACAGUGUGAACAUCUGGAAGAAUUAUCCCGGGAGUUAGACUGUGUCAAGGGCCUGGCCUGGCCCAGGAAGGCCACGGGAG